UCUCCGGGCAAGCCGUGUCAUCGCUGAGGGGCGGGGCAUUGGCUGUCGUCCUUUGCGCUGUGAGGGCGUCAUUUGAAUGAGGUUGCUAGGAAACGACUGGGGGUCAGGGAGUCAACGGAAAGGCUCUACGGGUAUAAUGAUGAUGUUCCACCAGUCUGAAGGAGAAGGCGAAGGGGGUAGAUGGCUAGAGUGGCGUAGCUGAAGCCGGCUCGUCUUUUAUUGCCCAAUCCCCACUCGUAUUUCUGGGACGAAGUCGUGUGAACGCGGUGCCUUGGCUUCCCUUCACCUUGUUGGUGACGGGAGGAAACGACGGCUGUCCAGGGUGACAUUUGAAGAGACGGACCUCGACAUGGCCACAACAGGAAGGGACCGUGACUAGGAAGGAGCCUGAGACCAGCAGCGGCGGGCAGCUUGAGACGGCGACGGAGGGCGACUGGGCCCCCCAGCUCGCCUCGGGCCCCUCCCCUGCGAUGGGGAAUGGGUUGUCGGAGCAGACGCCGAUCCUGUCGAGCCUUCCUUCGUUCCAGUCCUUCCACAUUGUGAUCCUGGGACUGGAUUGUGCCGGCAAGACCACCGUCCUGUACCGGCUACAGUUCAACGAGUUCGUCAACACCGUCCCCACCAAAGGUUUCAACACCGAGAAGAUCAAGGUGACGCUGGGCAACAACAAGACGGUCACUUUCCACUUCUGGGACGUCGGAGGCCAGGAGAAGCUGCGGCCCCUCUGGAAGUCCUACACCCGCUGCACGGACGGCAUCGUCUUCGUGGUGGAUUCUGUGGAUGUGGAAAGGAUGGAAGAAGCCAAAACGGAACUGCACAAAAUCACGCGGAUCUCGGAGAACCAAGGAGUGCCUGUGCUCAUAGUGGCCAACAAGCAGGACUUGAGACACUCGCUGUCGCUCUCGGAGAUGGAAAAGAUGUUGGCCACAGGCGAGCUGAGCGCUUCCACUCCCUGGCACCUGCAGCCUACCUGCGCUAUCAUAGGCGAUGGGCUCAAAGAGGGACUCGAGAAACUGCACGAUAUGAUAAUUAAGCGAAGGAAAAUGCUGAGGCAGCAAAAAAAGAAGAGAUGAGCUGCUGUAGCCAUGAGGGGUAAUUCCUUCUUGGCAUUUGACUAAAACACUUUCCAGCACCUGGCCUGCUUGUUUGGAUUCUGCACAGCCUAAUAAAACAGUCGGCUUGGUGGGAAGCUUUGCAGACACAGACCCGUUACCUGGUCUCCCCACAAGUUUUUUUGGGCACUGCUUUUUUAAGAAAACAAAACAGAAACGGCGCCCUUGUUGCAUAGUAUAAAAUGAUCAGGAAACAGAUGGGUGGGUAAAUGUGACCUGGAUAUCUUAAACAGCCAAAUAAAACAAUGAAGAGUGUUCUGCUUGUUGGUGUAAUCAUAUGUCUGAGAGUGCCUUUGCAAGAAAACUGCAUUCAAGGCAUUCAGUGUUUUUUCAACUACUGCUUGUAUGUGGAGUGUUUAGAUGAAGAUACGCAGCUUUCAAAUAGUGUCCUUUAACAUAUAUGGAGCUAGAAAACCAUUAUUUAAGGAGGCUGUGAAUGUGGAGGGUUUUUAAUGAAAGGCUGGCUGUAUGGUAUGCUUUUAGACUGAUUCUCUUAAAAUAACACUUGGAGCUGGGAUGAUUUGAACUACCACAGUUGUGGUAUUCAUGUUAUCUGAAGCUUGAUGGAGGGGAAAGUAUGGAAUACGUAAGCAUGGAUGAGUUUCCUGAUAAUGUAGCAUGCCUUGGUGUGUAGGGGUUCUUUAGAAAUAGCUGUCCAUCAUUAAGCAGUGCUAAUCAGGCUUGGACCAUACUUAAUUGUGCUAUGGAGAUAUGUCUAAAGAGUUUGCUCUCCGACAAAACACUAAAUAAUGAGACAAAGUCAACUUUUACCAUAAGGGACUUGGAUUUCUGGAUUUUUAUAGUGCAAUAUUACCUUUUAAUGAAAUUGGUGGCAAUAAAAUUUGAUCAUAAAUAAGUGUAAAUUAAGCUAAAUUCAACAGAUCUACAUAUCCCAUGUGCCCAGUGCUGUUAAAAUGUAGUGCCAGAUUGUUGUUUUGUUCUUGCAGUACUCUUGGGAAUGUAUUGAAGCUUUACAGACUCAAACCAUUUUAACACUGUAGAAAAACAAGAGGUUAAAGAUGACCUGUGUCUGCUCAAAUUAUGCUUUAAGCAUUCCUUGUUUACAGUGGUGCAAACAGUGUUAAGUGGAUGGGACACAUAUGAUGGAAAAUAUGAGUUUUCUUAUUGGUACAGUUUUGUUUUUUUAAAAAUGAACAAUUUGGGUAGCAGGUUAAAGGGCUAAAGUAAAGCCUAUAUUACUCUACUGGUGCUGUGAAUAAUUCCGUUGUAAGAGAACAGCUUAAAGGAACAGCAAGAAUUUUCCACUUGGCACAACCAACACAGUGUGUUGGUUUCCUACUAAUUAGAUAAUGGGGAGGAUAUCAAUGUCAGGAAACAUAACUUAUUGAUACUUGUAUAAAAUCAAAUUUUAUAGCCAGAUACUGCUUCGAAGGUAACCAAAAAUGCACUUUAGUGUUUUCCAAUACUGAAAGUGACAGCUUUUUAAAAAUAAAAUAAUGAAAUCCUGGUCCUUUUUGAAAGAAUUGAAGUAGCUUCCAAUGGAGCUUUUGUACGUUGGUUAUAUGUACCUGUACUAGUGACAAUGAAAGUCACUUAAUGUCUAUAUUUGUAGAAAUGUGGAUAACUUCUUAAACCUCAAUAAACCCAACUCCAAAUGAGUCAUCAGCAACAGAAGGUGACAACGGUUCACUGUGUGGAUCUUACUUUUUAUCAGAACUGUCUGCAUGAAACAACCCUUUAUUCACGUGAGAUUUGUAAAUGUGACAAUGUUAAAAAUUGCAGGUAUCUCAUUAAAGAUUUAAUGGCAAUUUG